AUGGCGACGAAACGACUUCAACGCGUCAACGAAGAACAACCAUUGAAUCCCAGAGAAUGUCUUAUAGGCUUAUUAGACCAAUUAGAAGACAAUAAUUUACGACAAGUACUCAAGAUUGAACUCAAACGUUUAUUAGGUGAUCACGACCGUCUCGUCAAUAUGUUACAACAACGUUCUGAACUUCUCGAAAACCAUAAUGAAGAUUUGAAAGCUGCAUUGGAAACUAUGCAACAACGACAUGAAAAGGCUGUACGGGAAAUGCAAUUUUUUCGCAAAAAAUAUGAACGGAUAGCUAACGAAAUGAAUGCAAAUGGUGCUGUUCCUCCUACUCCCACGACUACUAUAUCCACAAGUCAACGCUCUAUUUCUAACGUUUCCAAUAUAUCCUACGGUUCUGAAUUCUCAAACGAGCCUCCUUACCAUGGUUUACCUCCUCCUCCUCCUCUUCCAGUCUCUUCCACAAGCUCCUCUAAUGGUGGUGGCUCAAUACAUUCGGUUCCUAUGACUCCUGUUCGAUCAUCUACAACUACUUCUGGAUAUACUGGUCAUUCUUUAAUUCAACAACGUCGUGUAGAUCCUUUGAUCUUUGGUGGUGCUGAUGGUUUAUGGGAUACAAUUGCCAAAAGCAAAGGAAGUGAUGUUACGGUAGAAAAGAUCAUCAGUAAUUUCCUUCGACGUGGUGGAUCUCCCAAUACAGCAAAACAACAAUCAAGUUCAUCAUCACAAAUUGUUAAAUCUGGUUAUGGACUGAUUCAUGCAUUGAUUGUGACCAAAGCACCUGGAUCUUUGGAUUUAUUAUUACAACAAGGAGCUAAUCCAAAUGCAAUGACACUUAGUACUCAAGAAGAAGAAAAAUGUUCUCCUUGUUAUUUGGCUGCCAAAGUCGGAUGGUUACCCGGUUUACAAAAAUUAGUUCAAGCUGGUGGUGAUCUUAUUACAAGUCGAGGUGGUGGAAACAAGAACAAAACUGUGUUACAUGUUGCAGCUGAACAUUGUCAUGCAGCUGUAGUGGAAUAUAUUGUUCAAAUGACUCAAGGUGAAUUGAAUAAUCAAGUAGAUACCCAUGGUGCAACUGUAUUACAUUAUGCUUGUGCUUCAGGUCAUACGGAUCUGGUAUCGUUAUUGGCCCGAACUUGUCAAGUACCCGUAUUACAAGCAGAUUACCAAGGGGAACUGCCUCUUCAUUGGGCGGUACGCCACGGGCGAUUAGAAGUCGUGACGUUAUUGAUCGAAAGAUUUGGAUUGGAUUGUAAUGCUUAUGUACCAAGAAAGGUGUCUACCCCUCUAGAUUUGGCAAAAUCAGCAGGACACAAACGUCUGGUGGAUUAUUUGAAAGGAUUAGGCGCUCUAUCUACUAAGAAAAUGGAUAAACGACGUGAAGAAGAAUUAUCCAAACAAGUACCUGGUCAUUUUGAAAGUACUCUAGCAAAACAUGGUCUUUUUGGUGAUCUCGAUAGUUUUUAG